CUCGGUCUUAAGUGGGGUAGCGUCUUAUCUCGGGUACAGUACUGCCGCCGCACUGCGGAAUCCCGUGUAGUAACCCCUCACGAGCCGACGGCUGACGGGCAUCUAGUCCCCGACCAACCCAAGGAUAAAAAGCUAGUCGCGAUGGCAGCGUCGGUGAACCACUCACAUCCGCGUCAUGAUGUCUCUGAGACGAAACCAAAAAUGGUCAAUCGGUUGGAGCAGAGCCGAUCGCCAUAUGUCCGAGCCCAUAUGAACAACCCGGUAGCAUGGCAAGUCUGGGAUGCGGAAGCCAUGGAGCUGGCCAAGAAGCAUAACCGCUUAAUCUUCCUCAGCAUCGGUUACUCCGCAUGUCAUUGGUGCCAUGUUAUGGAAAAAGAGUCAUUCAUGUCGUCGGAGGUAGCCUCGAUCUUGAAUGAGUCUUUUGUCCCUAUCAAGGUCGACCGCGAAGAGCGACCAGAUAUCGACGACGUCUACAUGAACUACGUUCAGGCCACAACGGGUUCCGGAGGCUGGCCCUUGAAUGUGUUCCUGACUCCUGACCUGGAGCCCGUGUUUGGUGGCACGUACUGGCAAGGACCGAAUUCAAACACAUUCAGAGGCCCCGAGGCAAUUGGGUUCGUGGAAAUCUUGGAGAAGUUGAGAGACGUUUGGCAAACACAACAGCAACGCUGUCUUGACAGCGCCAAAGAAAUCACUAAACAACUCAGAGAAUUCGCCGAGGAAGGGACGCAUACGCAACAAGGAGGACGCGAUGAUGAAGAGGAGAUGGAUAUUGAGCUUCUGGAAGAAGCGUAUCAACACUUCGCAUCUCGAUAUGACUCGAUCAAUGGCGGGUUUGGUCGCGCCCCCAAAUUCCCCACACCGUCAAAUUUGAGCUUCUUACUCCGACUUGGUGCUUAUCCGACACAGGUCAAGGACGUUGUUGGACAAGAAGAGUGUGAACAAGCAACUGCCAUGGCUGUCACGACUCUUGUCAAUAUGGCUCGUGGUGGAAUUCGAGAUCACAUCGGUCAUGGAUUUGCACGGUACAGUGUGACGACGGACUGGAGUCUCCCUCAUUUUGAGAAGAUGCUCUACGACCAGGCGCAGCUGUUGGAUGCCUACGUGGACGCUUUCCGGCUCACUCAUGAUCCCGAACUUUUAGGCGCUGUCUAUGAUCUCGCCGCCUACUUGACGAGCGCACCAAUCCAGUCGCCGACUGGAGGAUUCUUUUCUUCGGAGGACGCCGACAGUUACCCCAAUCCGAAUGAUACCGAAAAGCGUGAAGGUGCUUUCUAUGUUUGGUCAUUGAAGGAACUCACUCAAGUCCUCGGCCCGCGUGAUGCGCCAGUCUGCGCCAGACACUGGGGCGUCCUUCCCGACGGCAACGUCUCGCCUGAGUAUGAUCCACAUGAUGAAUUCAUGAAUCAAAACGUGUUGUCCAUCCGCGCCACUCCAAGCAAGUUGGCCAAAGAGUUUGGUCUCAGCGAGGAAGAAGUGGUCAAGAUCAUCAAAUCGGGAAAGCAGAAGUUGCAUGACUACCGCGAACGAAAACGCGGACGGCCAGACCUGGAUGAUAAAAUCAUCGUGGCCUGGAACGGUCUCGCCAUUGGUGCCCUCGCCAAGUGCAGUGUUCUCUUUGAGGAUGUUGAGAGCUCGAAGGCUAUACAAUGCCGCGAGGCGGCGGCACGAGCAAUCAGCUUUAUCAAGGACAAUCUCUUCGACAAGGCCUCAGGACAGUUAUGGCGCAUUUACCGCGAUGGCAGCCGUGGAGACACACCUGGCUUCGCCGACGAUUAUGCAUAUCUUGCUAGCGGACUUCUCGACAUGUACGACGCUACCUACGAUGACAGCUAUCUUCAAUUUGCCGAGCGAUUACAAAAAUACCUCAAUGAAUACUUCCUAGCUCAGAGUGGUUCUACAGCCACCGGAUACUACAGCACACCUUCCACGGCACCUCCUGGUAUGCCCGGCCCGCUCCUUCGCCUGAAGACCGGCACCGAGUCAGCAACCCCUUCAGUCAACGGGGUCAUUGCACGAAACUUGCUGCGCCUGGCCGCCCUUCUCGAGGAUGAGAGUUACCGGACCUUGGCUCGACAGACCUGCAACUCCUUCUCGGUCGAAAUCAUCCAGCAUCCCUUCCUAUUCGUCGGAAUGCUAGAUGUGAUCGUGGGUCUCCAAAUCGGAACUCGCACGGUAACAGGGGUCUUCUCUACCGCCGACAUCUCCACACUCUCCAAUCCACGUGGGGACAAUCUUCUCAGUCGAAACAACGAGCCUGUAUCGGCACGCGACCUAAUUCGGCAACGUAUCCGGGCUGAGGCUGGCGUAGCCGUGUCCUCGUCCAUCGUGGUGACCUCACUUGUCGACAUCCGCCCCUCUCAUCUGAGAGAUUUUGUGGGGAACCAGUCCUUCUGGCUCAAAACUCGCAACCCGCUAUUCCAAGAAUUAAAGGCCGCGGAGCCAGCCAAGAAUUACUUGAUGGUAUGCGAGACUGGACUAUGCCGCACUAUUCAGCUCUAG